CAUCAGCUUGUCAGCCAACCAUCUUGCUAUCACCUUAUCCAACUUCUCCCAUCUCACUUCUUACAAAGUGUCAUUUGCUUCCCUCUCAUCAUCUCUGUACUUCGAUAUUUGAACAAAGCUCUUCAACCUCAUCACAUCAGCAUCCAAACAAGCACAAGACUAACAAAAUUUUCCCUUAAAAACACACCAGAUUGUGGGGAAGAUAGCAAUGGCAACAGCUUCUGCCACACUUUCCCCCUCCACAUUUUCUGCUGCUGCCAUUGCGGGCUUAGGCCGCUCCUCCCAGAGGAGAAAAACCAAUGUACACUUCAUAGGGGGACUGAACUCCUUUGAUGGACUGAAAGCUUACAACAGUGUGGCCUCUUUAGGCCUUCCUGUUUGUACUGAGCAGUCCUUUGCGAAGAUUGUGAGCUCACUGAAGUCCCCAUCACAAGGCAAAGGAAGAGGAGGAGGAGCUCUGUCUUCUACCUGCAAUGCUGUUGGAGAAAUAUUCAGGAUUGCGGCAAUCAUGAACGGCCUAGUUCUCGUUGGAGUUGCAGUGGGGUUUGUUCUUCUUCGAAUUGAAGCAUCUGUGGAGGAGGCUGAAUGAGAAUCAGAAUAAAAUUAGUUAGUAUCUAUUGUUUGUUAUUCAACAACCUCUGUUUCUUUCCCUCUGUUCAAUGCAGAGACUGAAUUGUUUUUGGCUAUCAAAACAGAAUCUAGCCUUUUCAACAAUUUUAUAGUAAGAUGCUUGAUUGAUAUUA